AUGCAAUAUACUACUCCAAUGUGUAUUUCAGUACCUAAAAUGAAAAGUUAUCAAACACGGUGUGAUAUGACUGAAAUUGAACGGUCUUAUGUUGGCAUACGCGCAUUUUGUGAAGAUUGCCUCGAUAUUGCUUUAAGUCAUAAACAUUUUUUAAGCAAAGAUGGGACUGUGAUAUAUAUAUAUAUUCAUCAUUUCUAUAAUUUAUCAAAUACAUUGAAGAGAAAUGUUUCCUGA